CAAAGGGUGACUUAUUUUAAAAUAGUAGUAGUUUGAUUUUUUUAAAAAAAAUGUUAUUUAAGAUGCAUUUUUUUGCAGUGUUUUGGGGAGCUUACAGCUACCAGCUCAUUCCCAGAAUUGAAGAGUGUGGACUUACAUGUUCUCAGGGAUUUCACUGCAAAACUCAAACAUCUACUGGUGUUUCUAACAAUUUCUGCCAUCCACCUCCCUCUUCUUUUUCUGCUACUACCCUGAGAAAUAUGAAGCUCUGGACUGCAAUGAAGUGUGUCGAACAAAGUCAAUGUUCCCUUUACUUAAGUGUCAAGGGGACGCUGCAUCUUAAUGAAAAUGUCCAUGGAAUGGAAAUUUGUUCCUUCUCAAUGGACACACAGAAGUCUCAAUGUGUGAACGUGAAAAUCUCUAAGAAUGUACAUGGACGGCUUGCUGGAAAGAAGGUGAAAGUGCAGUUCAAUUGCUUUGAAGUCAGUGCAGGACAACAUCUCCAUGUGUCCAUGAAGACGAUUCCUAAUUACUGUGGAGUUCAAAGGAAUCAAGAAUAUUAUGUUGAAGAUUGCAGAAACAGUGAUGUGGGAAAAAAUAUUCCAGUCUGUUUUGCUAGCAAAAUGGCUUAUGAUGUGGACAGAGCAAGAAAAACCAUUUUCGUGAAUAUUUCAGAUGUCGUUCAAGGCACAGAUUAUUAUGUUCGUUUGUGCCACCGAUGGUUUGUUUGUGAGGAUGUGGAACCAGUCAUCUUGAUACAAGGGAAUGACUUAAUGAAAUCAGUUUCUUUACAGUACACUCAGUUGCUACCUUGCUUGUGUAUUGAGACAUGGCCAGCAAUUUCUGAUGCACGGAGAAUGCAGUUGUGCCCAUUCAAAAAUGAUACCGAGGCCCUGUGGGACAGCAUCAGUUAUAAUCCAGUCACACAAACGCUGGCAUGGGAAGCUGCCUGUCCUGUUCAGGUUACUGUCAGUCUUUGUGAGCUGAUGAAAACUAAUGACCCAUGUGUUGAUUUAGAGAACACUUCAAACGCUGCUCCAGAGAAAGUAAAAUAUUCUCGAGUUGAUGCACAUCCAAGUCUUUGCAUGAAGUUUACAACUAACCACGGUUCUUGGGUGAGAUGCCCAUUUGCUCAUGGAAAUUUCCAAGCUUGGAAAAUGAGGCUCGCUGUGACGGACGAACAGAUAGAAGUUUCCUUCACAUCACGUGCAGCCGAGGCAGAAUUUUCAGUUCUUGUAUGCAACAGGACAGAGUCAUCUUUAUGCAACUCGGUUGGAACACACCAGCCAGUCUCAGUGGGUGGCUUGAGUUCAACAUCUGUCAACAUUUCAGGCAAAACAUGCGGUUCAAACAUCUGCAUUCAGGGAUGGAGGACAGAUGUAGACUAUUCUAUUCCUUCAUACGUCUGUGAUUUGCCAUGCGCUUCUUCUGUUCAGAGUCAAGAACGUGAUGAAAAUUCCUUAAGUAUCCUAUCCCUGGGAGCACUGCUUGCAUUGCUUGUAGCCAUGAUGGCUCUCCUUGGACAUAAACUUUUAUCAGUUUUUCACAAAAAAAGUCAUGAAGAGAAAAGCACAGCACAUACCAAAACACAGACAAGAGCAUCCAUUCUUUGCAUUGAUGAAGAAAAGCAAAUACUUUAGCAGAACACUUUCCAACUCCUCAGCAGGCUU